UUCUGUGGCAUGGUGUUUUCAUAGGGAGGAAAUCAGACAGCUACAGUGAUUGCAUUGUGUUCAAUGAAGGAUUUCAACUUAGCGCAAGAGACCUGCCAGUUGGCAAUCAGGGAUGUUGGAGGCCUUGAAGUUUUAAUCAAUUUACUUGAUACAGAUGAAGUCAAAUGUAAGAUUGGUUCAUUAAAAAUCCUGAAGGAAAUCAGUCAUAAUCCUCAAAUCAGACGUAAUAUUGUUGACCUUGGGGGCUUACCAAUUAUGGUUAAUAUACUUGAUUCUCCACAUAAGAGUCUGAAAUGUUUGGCAGCUGAGACAAUUGCGAAUGUUGCCAAGUUUAGAAGAGCCAGGUGGGCAGUGAGACACCAUGGGGGCAUCACUAAACUGGUCGCUCUACUCGACUGUGCACAUAAUUCUGCAGAACCUGCUCAGUCGAGUCUGUAUGAUGCCAGAGACGUGGAAGUGGCUCGCUGUGGGGCGCUGGCACUGUGGAGCUGCAGUAAGAGUUAUGCGAAUAAAGAAGCCAUUCGUAAGGCUGGGGGCAUUCCGUUGUUGGCUCGGUUGCUGAAGACGUCUCAUGAAAACAUGCUGAUUCCGGUGGUGGGGACUUUACAAGAAUGUGCAUCAGAGGAAAACUACCGAGCUGCAAUCAAAGCAGAAAGGAUAAUUGAAAAUCUGGUAAAGAACCUAAAUAGUGAGAAUGAGCAGCUGCAGGAACACUGCGCCAUGGCCAUCUACCAGUGUGCUGAAGAUGAAGAUACCCGUGACCUGGUUAGGAUGCACGGAGGACUUAAACCCCUGGCCAGUCUGCUCAAUAAAACCGACAAUAAAGAACGUCUGGCUGCUGUCACAGGGGCAAUAUGGAAAUGUUCCAUCAGCAAAGAGAAUGUGACCAAGUUUCGGGAAUACAAAGCCAUUGAAACUUUAGUGGGACUUUUAACUGACCAGCCCGAAGAAGUUCUUGUGAAUGUGGUGGGCGCACUGGGAGAAUGUUGUCAAGAAUAUGAAAACCGAGUUAUUGUCCGGAAAUGUAGUGGCAUUCAACCACUUGUGAACCUCCUCGUUGGAAUAAACCAUGCUCUUCUUGUCAAUGUCACAAAAGCAGUUGGUGCAUGUGCAGUAGAUCCCGAAAAUAUGGCGAUAAUUGAUCGCUUAGAUGGAGUUCGUUUGUUGUGGUCCUUGCUGAAAAACCCCCACCCAGAUGUGAAGGCCAGCGCUGCUUGGGCCCUCUGUCCCUGCAUCCAAAAUGCUAAGGAUGCUGGAGAAAUGGUUCGUUCCUUUGUUGGUGGUUUGGAACUUGUUGUCAAUUUACUGAAAUCAGAUAAUAAAGAAGUUUUGGCAAGUGUAUGUGCUGCUAUUACCAAUAUAGCAAAAGAUCAAGAAAAUUUAGCUGUCAUUACAGAUCAUGGAGUUGUCCCUUUAUUGUCCAAACUAGCCAAUACAAAUAACGAUAAACUCAGGCGUCAUCUAGCAGAAGCCAUUUCAUGCUGCUGUAUGUGGGGCAGAAACAGAGUGGCCUUUGGUGAAAACAAGGCAGUGGCUCCAUUGGUGCGUUACCUGAAGUCGAAUGACGCCAAUGUGCAUCGAGCAACAGCUCAGGCCUUGUACCAACUCUCAGAAGAUGCCGAUAACUGCAUCACCAUGCAUGAAAAUGGCGCAGUCAAGCUUCUACUGCACAUGGUUGGGUCCCCUGAUCAGGACCUCCAGGAAGCUGCAGCUGGUUGCAUAUCUAACAUCCGCAGGCUGGCUCUUGCUACGGAAAAGGCACGAUACACUUGAAAUUUGAAUAGACAUUUCAAGCUAUCAAAUUUUACAUGACACAGAUCAUAUCACUCCCAUGGCCAGGAAGCUGAAAUUAGGAAACAUUUAUUAGCAGACCCUUUACAAGCAGACAAAUGCCUGAAUGAAAACAUAUGGAUGAAAAAUAUGAAGGAUAUUGUUCAUGCAAAAACUGCAUGGAUAUUUUUGUUCUAUUUAAUGUUUUAAGGAUUUGUAUGUAAUGAAAUGUAAAGCCAAUAAAUUUUUGAUGAUUUUCCAGGAAUCUGAGAAUAUAUAUAUCCAGUAUUUUUUUUUCAGUGAUGCUUUUGUAUUUGUGAAAAUUUUAAUAAAAGAUAUGGACUUCC